AAGGAGCAAGGAGGGCACACCAGCAGCUCCGACCUGGGCAGCCUUCCUGAUGCAGCUGCUCCUGCUCCUGCUGGCCUUCUUCCUGCCCCCCGGGGCACAGGCAGAGGAGAUCCUGGGUGGCCAUGAGGCCAAGCCCCACUCCCGCCCCUACAUGGCCUUUCUUCAGUACUCUGUUCAGGGAAUUCCGAAGAUAUGUGGCGGAUUCCUGAUCCGAGAAGACUUCGUGCUGACGGCCGCUCACUGUUGGGGAAGCUCCCUUACGGUCACCCUGGGGGCCCACAACAUCAGGAAUCAGGAGAAGACCCAGCAGGUCAUCCGUGUGAGAAGAGCCUUCCACCACCCAGCAUAUAAUUCUAAUGAUUAUUCGAAUGACAUCAUGUUGCUGCAGCUAGCGACAAGAGCCAGGCUGACAGCAGCUGUGCGGCCCCUCAAGCUGCCCAUGAACAACGUUCAGGUGACGCCAGGGAAGAACUGCAGUGUGGCCGGCUGGGGCGGGACUGACCUGGUGGGCAGAGGCUCAGACACGCUGCAGGAGGUGAUGCUGACCGUGCUGCACGACAGGACGUGCCAAUCACUCUUCAACCACAAUUACCACAAGGCCAUCGAGAUUUGUGUGGGGGAUCCAAAGAUAAAGAAGUGUUCUUUUCAUGGGGACUCUGGAGGCCCUCUGGUGUGUGACAAUGUGGCCCAGGGCAUCGUCUCCCAUGGAUACCCAAAUCAGACACCUCCAUGUGUCUUCACAAGGAUCUCGAGUUUCCUACCCUGGAUAAAGAAAACCAUGAAAAUGCUCCAACUGCGGAAAGCAGCCUCACCCGCUUUGUGACUGGCCAAGUUCUCUGGACCUGAGCCCACAUUCACACUGCGGGAGGGAGGUGCCAGCAGCUGAAUAAAUGUACCCUAGCAAAAUGGGAAGGCUGGUUUGUCAUUUAUUCAUUGACCU